AGUAGUGGCAUGUGAGCGUGCCGGCGGUGACCGCGGGACAGCGGUGACCUAGCGAGGGGGAAGCGGCGGCGGCAAGUUGCUGCCGCUCUGGGCCAGAGUUGGCGGCUAGAGGCGGGGCCGGUUCCUCCGAGCAGCCCGGAUCCGGAGGCAGAAUUGUUUGGAUUCGACACUGCGGUUCCAAUCAUGGGUUUGUCUGCAUCUACCCCUGCUGUUGCAGUUCAGAACUCAAAUGCUUCAGAUCAUCAGACAACACCCCCGCCUUCAGGAUGUCCAAUGCAUGAAGGGAAAAUGAAAGGCUGUCCAGUGAGGACAGAGCCAUCUGACCCAUCCUGUGAGAGCAAAACCAGUUCUGUACCUGCCCACCAAGAACGUGCAUAUGAGUACCUGGAGUGUCCUGUUACGGGCUCGGUGGCUGAGAAUAAGGGGAACCUAGAUCCUUCGAAUCUGAUGCCACCACCCAAUCAGAUGCCGGCCCCCGAUCAACCAUUUGCACUGUCCACUAAGAGAGAGGAGUCAUCCAUUCCGAGAGCAGAUUCUGAGAAAAAGUGGGUUUAUCCUUCUGAACAGAUGUUCUGGAAUGCUAUGUUAAAGAAAGGGUGGAAGUGGAAGGAUGAUGAUAUUAGUCAGAGAGACAUGUACAAUAUCAUUAGAAUUCACAAUCAGAAUAACGAGCAGGCUUGGAAGGAGAUUUUGAAGUGGGAAGCCCUUCAUGCUGCGGAGUGUCCUUGUGGUCCCUCGCUGAUCCGGUUUGGAGGUAAAGCGAAAGAGUAUUCGCCCCGGGCAAGAAUCCGGUCCUGGAUGGGGUACGAGCUGCCUUUCGACAGGCAUGACUGGAUCAUCAACCGUUGUGGGACGGAAGUGAGAUAUGUCAUCGACUACUACGACGGUGGCGAAGUCAACCAGGAUUACCAGUUCACCAUCCUGGACGUCCGGCCCGCUUUCGAUUCGCUUUCGGCAGUGUGGGACAGAAUGAAGGUCGCCUGGUGGCGCUGGACCUCGUAACCACUGCUUUAUUAGCCAUGGGAAAAUAUAAACUAUUUUUUUUCUGAACAAUGUAUUAAACUAUUUUCCCCAAACUGAAUUGCACUCGUGAUGUACCAGGAAGGUCAAGUGGGUAAUGACACCCUACACUUCACUUAGCGAUGGGUGGCGUGCAGGUGCUCACCCUGCUGUUCAUAACAGAUCAUUUUAAGUUUCCACGUGGGAAGCAGUCCCUCAGUUUUCCCUUUAAUUGCAGUACUGCCUGUGUAUUUAGUCCAGAAGAGUCUGAACAAGCCUGGAAAAAGAACUUUCCUUCAAAUUUGAAGAGAGCUGCUUUUAGUCUUCCUGUUUUCUGUUGAAUACUUGACGUGUAGACCUGAAAGCCCAUGUGAUGCUCAGGAGUUUUGACCUGGUCAGAUAUUUUAAUGAGAGCUAUUCAGUUAUGCUUUUAAAAGGGUUACCAGCAUUUCUAAAGCCCUUACGAUAUCGUAGUGACCCCUGAAGAAAACAAAGGUUUACACUGGAAAUGCAGUCAGAAAACUAAGGUGUGUCUUGGCUCUCCAAAUCCACAUAAGAAUUUUUCAGACUGGACCUUGUUAUAGAAUAGUUUCAACUCUCCCAUGUUUCCAUGGUGCAUGCGCAUUAGAAUG